AUGGGGAGGGGAAGAUGGCACACACAAGGCCGCUGCGAAGCGCUCGCCUCGUCGCCGUCGUCUGCUGCGUCUGCCUCAGCGUCUCACGGCUGUUCCACGUCUCUCUCGGACUCUCCCUCGUGUGUGUCUCCGCUCCAGGGUGGCGGGGGCGAAGGCAGGCUCGCGGCCUCUCACCCGUUUGCGGCGUUCACGUACGCAGGCGACGAGGCGGGCCGUCCGCCGUCUCUUCGCGGGACGCCAGUGAAGAGAUCCGAAAGUCGAUUGCCUACCCGGGGUUCGGAGACGCGCUUUGGCGGCAAGGCGUCUCGAGGAGACGAUUCGGUUGCUUUAGAGCGUGGCGAGUUGGGCGCACAGUCGCAUGUGGCUACACCGAAGAGGCCGCGCACAGCUCGCCGUGAGGCCGUCGCCCCCGCGAUGCUUCUUCCCUCGGUCCUGGCGGCGACUGCAGUAGCCGCGCUUCGCGGCGGGGGCGCACGCGUCCGAGGAAAGGCAGAGAAGCCCAAUGCGGUUUCGGCAUCUCACGGGGUUUCUGCUGCCGGGCGUUCUCCCUCGGCGUCUGCUUCACGUUCGCCUCGGCCUUCUUCCGACCCGCCGGGACCCGCUGUGGCUACGCCACCGACGUCUCCCCACACUUCGGGCCAUUCACAGCUCUCGUCCUUGUCGCCGUCUGACGUCACUCGUGGGGACAACGCAUCGCCUACAGACCAACGAAAGAGGAAUUCGGUCUUGGCGUUUUGGGAAGAGAUCGACAGACGAAGGACGCUGAGUCCCGCCGAGGUCGCGGCUGCCUUCGCAUGCCCCGUGUGCGGAUCCCAGGGUAUGCGAUUCGUCACGGGCCGAUACGGCGCCUUCCUAGGUUGUUCGCGGUUCCCCGCGUGUCGCGGGAAGCGGUCGGGGCGCGAGGUCGAGCUGUGGCGAGCAGGCGAACCCGCGGGGCAAAGGAAGAGGAACCAGAAACUGACCUUGACGUGCGAAAUGGAAUCGUGCACGACCUUUCGCGUGCAUGCACAAGGCGACCCUGAAGUCGGGGAGUUGCUCCGGCUGGCUUUGCCUGCAGUCAUCCGUGGUGCCACCGCGGCGUUCUGGGCGACGCAGCGCGCACAAGCGAGGGCUGGAGCCGGGAAAGGAGAAGGCGAAGCCGCCGAGGCAGCGCAACGCAUGCAGUGGCGCGUGGGAGGCCAAGACGGGACGGCGGAAGCUCCUGACGCAUGCUGGGGGUCAGGCGGCGAGCGGCCGAACGGAGAAGACGCCAGCGGCCAGGCGAGCAACGGCGUUGAGAGCGACGCCGACGCGAAGAGACACACCAACUUCCGCGUGUGCGCGAAGAGUGGAGGGCCAACUGGUCAACCUCCUCACCGGCCGCGGGGCUUGGAGAGAGGCAGCAGGGACUGCCCUUCGCGCGAACGCAUUCCAGACUUUCUGUGGCCCCGCUCGUGGCUGCCCCGCGUCGACCGUCUGAAGAGUCGCAGAGAGCCCUGGUCGGCGUUCUUGCCUUUUAUUUGCCGCGCGGGGGCGUGGCUGAAGCAGACGGGCGAAGCGGCGCAUCAGAGGCUCGCAACGAGCUCCUCCCACGCGUCGGACCGGCGCCUGCUGACGCGCAGCGGUUCAGAUUGCCCCAGCGGGGAUGUCUCGGCAGUGAGAAGACAAAGCGGAAGGGAGGAGCUCGACAGUGCCACCACGUGUUGCGACGAGGGCCUUCUGCGCGAGCUCCUCGCCAGCCUUCCGGGAGGCGCGCGAAGAUCAGAUGGAGAAGAAUGCGCCACACAAGGCCUGCCAAGCUGGGACUGGACGGUGGGCUCUCUCGCGCCUGCAAGUCCCCUUCUAGGUGGAGGCGUACGUCGUGAACACGCAGCGGACGGGGAAGCAGAGGAAGAAGCAGGCGCUCGACGGCGGGGGGAGUCAGUCGCGGUCCGUGGCGAGUCGCCAGGGGAAACACUGGGCGAGGACACAGACCCCUGGCGAACGAACGCGACGAGGAGAGAGAAGGGAGACGACGGCGAGGAGGCAACGGAGAAGGCGACGGGGAAGGAAGAUGUCCACGACCUUCCAUAUGUCGACGGCUGCGUCUUCCAGCUCGAGGCGUACGAGUGGAUCUUCACUAGCCUCGUCAAACACGCGAGCGAAUGGUGCCACGUUGCGCCAAUUCCAGGUCUCACACUCAGGUUCUUUCGAGAGUAUUACGAUCGCACAGGCCGAGGCGAAAACGCCUUCUUCUUGGGGGACCGCCAGACAGCUCUGGCAAUCGCCAAUCAUCGCAUGCCUCCUCUGCUACGCAAAUCGCUGUUCCCCUUUCAACUCGAGGGCGUCCUUUUCGCUCUGCAACGGAGUGGGCGGGUGCUGAUUGGCGACCAAAUGGGACUCGGCAAGACGCUCCAGGCUCUCGCGUUGCUUAGCAUCUACAGAGCCUUUCCCGUCCUCAUUGUCGUCCCAGCCUCCCUCCGACUCGUGUGGGCCGAGGCGAUUGAGCGGUGGCUACCCUCCCUCAGUUGUCCUCCGUCCUCGCUCCUCGUCAUCUUCGGUAGCGACGAUCGACCGGCUCUCCAUGCAGCCGCCCCCCACACGUUUUGUGCUGGCUCUCACUCUGUCGCUCUCGGUCCCCUGCUUCCCGCUGUAUCCGGAACUCCUCCCUGUGACACGCCUUCGUUCGUUUCCCCUGCCGACUCUGUCUCCGCCCUUAAACCUUCCUCGGCGUUGCCUGCGUCGUCUGAUCUCGCGGUCGCGUCCCCGUCUCUCGCUUCCCUCGCUUCUCUAUCUUCUUCCCAGUCUUCCUCGCCGCCUCGCUGGGCGCCGUCGUCAGCUGCGUUUCCGGUUUCCGCCAGCGCCCCACACGGACUGACCGCGUCGCCGCGGAUUGUCCUGACUUCCUACGAGAUGACGCGCCGCCUUCCCGACUUCCUCAGUCAAAUGAAUUUCCAGAUGGUCAUCGUCGACGAGAGCCACAAACUGCGCACACCAGCCAGCGCAGGAGCGGUCUCUGGCCUCGAGGCGGACAUGACUCGCCGCGUGCUGCAGCUGAUCAAAGCGGCGACUUACGCCGUGCUGCUCACCGGGACGCCGAGUGUGAAACACCCGUUCGACCUGUUCAGCCAGGUCGACGCGCUCCGGCCUCCCAUGGAGCCCCAGGCCUGGCGACAGAGACAGGCCCGCGUCAAGGCCGACUGGGAGAGCUUCCGGCGCGCCGCGGACCCUUCGGCGGCCUCCCAGGGCUGUGGGCGAGCCGGCGGCUGGACGAGCCUUUCGGACCCUCUCCGGCCGCCUGUGGAGCCCAACGCGAGUGCGCAGGAGCUGCCGACGGCGCCGGAGAGAGGGGCAACUCAAGGGGAACGUGCCGAGAGCGGUGAGAGGGGACAAGGCGGGGAGAGCGGUCCUGGAGACGGAGGGAUGGGGCCCGGACCUGAUCGCGCGUCGACCGCUGGUGCCCAGCCUGGCCUGAUGCACCUGAGGGAUGGUGACGAGGGAGAGGCAGCAAGGAGAAAGGCGACUGCGGAGCGGCAGCUGCCGCGACGAUAUGCCCACGAAGGAAAUAUUUUGCGAGCCGACAGGAUCCAGUUUGGCGUGCCUCCUGCCUCGAUCCCUUGCACGUUGGCCGCCGAGCCGAGUGCCCGCUCUCGACCUGCAUUUCCUUCCCGGUCCACGUUGCAUGCAGAGGAGUACUGCACGUCGAUCUUGACCUACGGGAGUCGGAAGCGCUACGGCAUUUCGGCGCGGAGCUGGGAACUUCAUCUUCUUCUUACAGCUGCAGUGCUCAUUCGCCGCAGGCAGUUGGGCUCCCAGACCCAGCCUCUGACGCGCGGUAGGCCCGAAGCUCCUCAACCCGCGCGACUUUCGUCCUUGUCGAGCCUCCCGCAAGGCAGCGCAGAGCCGGCGGUGCGGCACCGGGGAGCUCCAGCGUCCGCGAGUUCCCGCCGGGAUGUUGGCGAGCGGAGAGGAAGCACCGGCGGCGAAAACGGAGAGAAGCCCGACGAAGAGCGCAGCACGGGAGAGGACGGGGAGGGGCGAGGGCCCUCGGAGGGAGACUGGCGAGGCCCCAGCCAGGGUAAGGACGCGCGUCAGGGAGUCGAAGGCGAGGCACUCGCUGCAGAGUCACGAGGCGCCGAUCAGGAGGUGCUGGGAAGGCAAGACGAAGACGGAGUAUUCUGGCAGAGAGAAGCAAACCGCGUGGAGAUGAAGAGCCUCGAGACGCGUUCGCAAGACGACGGGUGCCCGGCUGUCCCACCCCCAUGCAUUCGAAUCCUCCAGUCUCUGCAGCUCGCCGGAGACAACCGAGCGGUGCAUGCAAUUGCGCUCGCCACGGUUCUGCGUCGGCCAGUCUUUUCGUGGCUUUGUCAAGGCGUCGCGGACCUCUGCGAGGAACGGCAGAAAUCGGCGAGGCGCGCGCUGGCGCGACAGACGGAAGCAGAGCUGGGCCUGGGGCGACGACGCGCAACCAAGGGCGAGAAGCGGCGAAGUGCGGAGCGCGAGACAGGGACGAAUGCAGGGUGCGGCAAGGGACCACGUGGCGGAGUCGAGAGGAGCCUCAGCGAGGAGGGCGGACGCGCAGGCGAAGAGGAAACGGAAGUGAGGGGAAGGAAAGCGCAUGCGGCUAGACGAGCGAGGAAGGAGGGCAAGGACGAGGGUGUGCCAGGGAAACGAAGGAAGACGGAAGGACUGGGAGACUCCCGCGGCGACCGAAAAAAGCAACGGCGGAACGAGGAGGACAGGCUUGGCCGAGAGGUGAGGGGGGACAGAAACGCGGGUGCGGAAGCACAACUGGAAGCGCGAGAAGAAGACGAAAACGGUGCUCAAGAGGAGGAAGGUAGUCAGGCAGCUGACGCACAAACUGCAGCAGUCGCUGUGUCGACACACCGAGGCCUCGAGUCAGUCGAAGGCAAAAGGCGACAGGCAGCGAUACCGCGAAACGCGUCCCGGAGGCGAGAAAAAGCUCAGAACGAGCGGGAGGUGCGCGUAGGUGUACGAACAGACGAGGCGGAAUCGGAGAGGGACAGCCAACCGGAUGUAUGCCACGCUACAAACACGCGUGGGGCUGCAGGAGACGACGCGUCGGUUGAUGGCGCGUCAAGAACACAGGAAAAGGCGGACGUGGAUCUGGAACCGCUGAACACAUACCCGGCGCUCGGCGGACGAGAACAGGAAGACGCGCGAUCAACCGCAUAUCUCCAUGCAGUUGAGAAAAUUACAGAUGCACUUGGCGGCAACAUCGACCGCUGGACUGUCAAGACAGAAGCAGAGCGAGUGGGUCUGUCGAAGGUGGAGAGCGCGCUUCAGUGGCUGCACGAGAAAUUCCUCAGAGACGACGCAGGAGACGACUCCGACGAGGACGACGAAGAUGGCAACGACGGUGGUGCGGUCGUGCAUGCAUUAGAUGUCGUGUGCGUCCCAUCUGCCGCAUGCACAGGGUCGCGCUCGACGAAAAUCGUUAUCUUUGCUCACCAUCGCCGAGUCCUGGACUGUCUCGAGCAAGGUCUCCGGGCAGUGCAGCAACGCUCGCACAGACGCGGACGAUCCGGAAGUUGGAGCGACCGAUGCGCAGCAAAGCUGAAGGACGAAGGAGACGCGCAUGAAGGGCCAGGCGAAGAUGUGACCGGGGCUCUGGGUGGAGAGCGGACACGCGGACCCGCCUUCGAUUUCAUCCGAAUCGACGGAAGUGUAACAGAGGAAGAAAAGUUCAAAAGACGGGAAACCUUUCACAAGUCGCCCCAAUGCAAAAUCGCCCUUCUCUCCGUCACAGCGUCGAGUCACGGUGUCGACCUCUCGAACGCCAACGUCUGCGUGUUUGUCGAGAUGCUUCCCGAGCAGCACGAGCUCCUUCAAGCCGAAGGCCGCCUUCAGCGGCGCGGCCAGAGGCGGCAGGUGACGACUUUCUUUCUGAUCAACAAGUUUCUCGGAGACGACGCAGCGGCAGACUGUCUGGGGGACGAGACGCCGGCUGAAGGCGACGACGGGCGGGUGUUCGCCAGCGAUGCAGAGAUACACGAGAGCCUUGAGCAGGCGACGUGGGGAAGACUCGCCAGCGACACGCAGGAAGGUUGCGAAGUGGAACAACGGCCCUCACGAGGGGGGCCGUCACAGGAACCCGAGGCAGAGACAUGCGGUCCAGUGCAGACGACGAAAGGCCCGUGCACCGUAGCGGAUAGGAAGCAUGGGAAACGGCCGCAGGCGCCCUCCCGUCCGUCUGCGCCGAGUUGCUCAUCUCCCUCACCCUCCUCUGCUGGGUUGUCGCCCGGGGCUGCUUCCACGUCUUAUCCAGCCUCGCUGUCCUCGUCUUGCCGCGCCUUCCGAUCGUUGUCCCCGUCGGUCGCGUCCAGAGCCGAGUCGGGUUCCCUCACGCCGGUGCCCCUCAGCGCCUUGCUUCCGCUCUUCCGGCGUGAAGUGGUGCGGGAGAAACGGCGCCUCCUGGCCGAGUGUGAGCGCAUCGACGUUUCGGCGUGGCGACGGUACUCUGCAUGCGCAGUCGCCAUUCACCACGUCGUCGACGGGCCGACGCGCGCGGUCGAGGGCGACGCCUUUCCCCUCAAAAUCCACUGCGAGGCUGACUGGGCAGGGACGUCGAGCCGAGGCGAAAGCGCAUGCGAGCAGAAGGCGUCUGGUCGCGAUGAUGCAGAGACGCGACUCGGAACUGACGCAGAAGGCGCGGAACGGAGUCAAGACUCGAGAGGUAACGGAGAUGGCAAGGCGAGACGGAUAGUAGAGCCAGCUGCGAUUGUGCAGACGAUCCCAGAAGAGACAGAAACCCCGGGAAGGCAGGGGGGAACUGAACGCAGAGACGGAGAGAGCGGAGAUAGCGCGACGGGACCCCACGCGCAAGGGUCGGAAAGCGCAUGCAACCGACGCCCCUGGAGAGGGGCGUUGCCGGUCUGGGAUGCCUCCACGACGAGUGCCUUGCCUGGGAGUACAACCGCGGAGGGGGUGAAUGACAGGAAGGACGAGCGAGACAUGGGGAACCCGUCCACAUCGCCUGAUUGCUUAGACGGCCUAACGUCCUUUUCUCAAUCCAAGUUGGUCGACGAAAGAUGCCAUCGCGGCCUCUGCCCUACCGCUGACACAUGCGAUGGGAGCGGCGACGUAAAGGGGAAGUGCGGGAUUCAUCCCGAGGCUAGAGACACACAGACUGUGCUGAGGAGUCCUGGGCGAACUGCAGAGACUGGCGCGAGAGGAACUCUGUUGAAGGGCGAAGCAGCGAACGGGGACGAUCUGCGUGUGGGGCGCGUGUCGUCGGAGGAUUUACGGUUCAUCGUCUCGCCUUACACGAAGCGUGUGCAUGUACUCCGAGAGUGGAAACAGAAGGCGAAUUUGUCCGGCGUUCAGUCACCGCCCGCACACCUGGUCCAUCAGUCCCAUUCUGCUUCAGACUGCUCCGCUUCCGGCUCGCAAGUUUCUUCGUGUUCACUGUCGCCCGCGCAACCGGUCCCCUUGCCUGCAGGGGACUGCAAGACGAACCCUCCGUGUGGAGACCCGUCCUUUUCUCUGUCUUCGCCUUCCGUUUCUCCCGCUGCCGCAGAAUUCCUCGCUCCUGUUCCUGCCUCGCCCGCGGGGCCCUCGUGUCCAGAGACCGAGGAUGAGAGACGGUGUCUUUCCUUCGCUUACGAGGCCUGUCUCGCUGUCGUCCCUCUGGGCGUCUCGUUUCCCGCGGAGGAACUGCAGGCGCCAGGCCCCGCCCCUCGAGCGGUCGCGUAUGACGACUGUGACGACGCCGUAGUCCCCGAGCCCUACGGUGAAACGUCGAUACCGUCGUCUUCGUCAGGCGCCCUAGUGCUCACUGCACAAAGUGGCGCCAGGAGGGCGAAGGGCGAGCGUGCCUCUGACAUGCUGCGGCAGUGUGCAGCCCGUUUCUACGCCGAGUACCUUUCCCUCACUUCUUACCAACGACGGAAACUGCGCAAGGUGUAUGCGCCUCUGGGCAUACACACCUGGCUAGCCUCUGCGGCGGCGUCGACAACCGGCAACACUCAUGCGGCAGCGGACCCUCGGAGGCUUCCUGCCUUGGAAGCCCUUUCAGAUCUCCAUGCUUUGCCUUGUCUUCCAACUGUCUCUUCCGGCCUUCCUUCCCCGUUUCCGGCACACAGGGCGCAUCUCCACGGCGAGGCGGUCCCGCACGAAGCCAUAAGAGACGCGACCAGACUGCUCCCGAGACACUGGCCUCGCAAGCUCCCGCGGUCCUUCCAGAACCUCCCGCCCCGCGUCUACUUCGAAGCCAUGCUGCGCAUGCAGUGCAUGCAGCACUGCAGUUCGCGGCACGUGGGAGAGGGGGAAACCCACGAUGGAAACGACCCGUUCUUGGCGGCGUCUGUUUGGGGGCCCGCGAAUGCCGGCAGCAACUACUUGGUUCCCUCGCGGUACUACCUGCCGACAGGGGAGAGGCCUGGAGAGCCCCCAGGCGUAGUGCGCGUCACGGCGCGUGGAGCCGGCAAGGCUGCAGGGGUCGGGCGCAAGGAGCCGCGCCUGCGCGGAGAUGAGGCAGGGUCAGAGACGCGAGAGGGGGACGCCGUGGAAAUUGCGGACAAAGGCGGAGAGGUGUAUUUACGAGACGAAGCUUUUCAUUCGGGCUCCACCGGAGCACCUGGGAGGAGUGACACCAGGACAGGACCGUUGGCACCCGCACGAGCACGUCGUGGUGAAAUCCUAAGCGGCUUCGCUGCAUCGCUGGACGAGGCCGAAGGUGCGUUGACAAGGCGGAAAGGACGCGGGGCCAGGCCCGAAGAACCCAACACGCUCGGAGACCGCGGGACGGAGGGUACGGAUAACACCGCUUGGGGGCUUGUGGCGAAGCUGGCGAAGACGAGCGACAGCGGGCCGAGAGAUUCCGGUCACUGUCCGGAUCUGCGGUGGGACGAAGACGAAGAGGACGAGGCCCGUGAGGAGUCCGUUUUCGAAGAAAGGACGGAACGUGGCGUGCAUGCUCGCGACGCCAAUCGACGGCACUCCCAGGGUCGUUCUGUGAACUGGGUCCUUCCCGCGACACCGCGGGGCAGCGGCAUGGCAGUCUCAGGCUCUUCAUCAGUUCAAUGUAGGGGCGAGGCCGAGAGCGAGCGCACGGCGGGCUUCGUACCAGGCGUGCGAGCGCCCGUGCGGGACGACGACGACGAUCAAGCCGUGUGGAAGGACCGCCCCGGAAGGGCGUUGUCGGCCCGAACUGGCCGGAGGAAGGGCCGGGGCCGCGACGUUACGGCGGUUCCAUCCGGUCUUCUGGACGUUCAGUCGAGCGCGUUGGAGAAUGCGUCUGAAGGUGCACUUCCUCCUUCUCAGCUCACCACGUCGCGCUUCUUCCCGCAGCCUCCGCGGCAAGAUUUCGCCGCGCUUUCUCAGGGCGUGCCUUCCCAUUCUACGUCGGGUUCUAGCUCGGAGCGAAUGGGUCGGCCGUCGGAUUUGUCUCCAUCUUCUAGUGAAACGAAUGAAGACGCGCGCAUCUGCUCAGGCAGCGGCGUGGCCCGCGCGCAGCGGACUCGUCGCUGUCCCGCUCUGGCACCCGCGGCGGCUUCUUGUCCUGCUUCGCCUUUACCGGGGGACGAUGCUGUCGGCGAGACGGAGCGCGAUGGCGACGCAAACCACGGCCAGGUGGAUUGCCGAUGCCCGAAAGACGAACCGGACUCUCGCGUUACCUAUGUCAAGGCUCUGGUCACCUACAGCCGCCUUGGAGGCUCUUCCGUCACCUACUAUCAACCUGUUCUUCUGCGUCCGGCUCGUCCCGCUGUCAAUCAACCUCCGCCGCCGAUCGAGUCGCCGGCGAGCAGCUUCUCCAGAGGUCCUUGUGUCGGCCGCAGUCGCGAUUCGUCGGAAGGCGAUCGUCCUGAGCGAGUCGCCUGUUCCUCCUCGCCCCCGCAGCCUCUUUGUCUCAUGUGUUUCCAACCUCUUGUGGCAGUGAGUACCACACGCAAGUGGUGCAAACGAGCCGCGGAAACUGGCGGAGGGAAGACGAAAGCGAAGGAGGAAAGUGUGGUGUCUCACGCAGCGCCUACUCCAGCCGGAGCGGACAAUGCGGAUGGCAGCGACGCGCCUAAGGACAGGGAAGAUGGAAAAGCGAACGGGGACGAGAAUGAGGUACAAACGGAUAGCUACAGCAGCGACGCGACUGCAGGGGGAGACGCCGACGCUCCACGAGCAAACACGCGGGCCGUGCGUCCGAAGACGGUGAAGGGUUUGCGCGCUUCGAAACGCGGCGAAGACACGAAACACGAAGCACACGCGGUUGACGAGCAGAGGCCAGGGGACACGCAGACUGCAAACGGUUCGCAGGCGUCUUGCUGCAAGAUAGAAAAGCGAGGAAAUGUCGGAACGCGUGUACAAGGCCAUUUUUCUCGACACGCAACAGAUGCUGCGGGAGAGGCUGUUCGACACGGCGAGCGUGGGGCCGAGAAGCAGGGCGUCGAGCCAUGCCAAGAGCGCGCCUCAGACAGCUCUGGUCUGGGCCUAUCGGAAACGAAGAAAGGCGAUGGCAGCGACGCUUCACUGUGGACCGAUCUGUGCAGUCAAGAGUGGGAAGUGCGGUGCAGUGACAACGACUUGUUCUGUAGCGGAGAUUGCAGGGCCGCCUUCUUUGCACGCAAGAAUGCUGACAGUCUGCGUAGACAGGUCUUCCGAUCGGAUCGAGGAAUCUGCUGCAGCUGUGGCAUCGACUGUGUCGCCUUGUUAGCGGGCGUAAAGGCCAUGCGAGCGGCGGGCCAAGACGCUGCAACAAUCGGAGCGUUCAUCGGCUCCUUCGCUCCCGCAUUCCGGGCUUUUCCGACCCUCUGCGCGCUACUUAUUCGCGAACCAGUCGACGGCAACGCCUGGCACGCAGACCAUAUCAUUCCCGUCCACCAGGGUGGAGGCCUCUGCGAUCUCACGAACGUCCAGACCCUCUGCCGAGCUUGUCACCAACUUAAAACCAACCACGAGGCUUCGCUGCGUGCCCACCGAAGUUGGAUGGCUCGUCACGGAGAGUUGGCUGCUGGUGACAAGGCUGAGUCGUUCACACAGUGA